UGUCACUUAAAUUUUUCCCUCCCUCUCUCCUCGGAAACCCUCGCCUACCCCGUCUCCCGAUCCCUAUCCUCUAAGCGAAACCCUAGGUACAUGUUCCAGCCCCUCUCCCGAUCUGGCCCAAAACCAUCGCCUUCGUGAACGAACCCUCAAGAUUAGACUUUGCUGAGUAGGCAACGACGGGAUUGCGCCUUUCAGAGAGCCCCCGAAACUCCCAUCUCCCAUCUUUCUCAUCCUAUUUCUCCCGCUCCACUCCUACCAGAAACCACUGAGAAAAAAAUCCACAACAAUAUAAAAAUAUGCCGAGAACAACUAAAUUGGAGGUUCCUGGUUGUCCUCCCGUAAGGGCAUUAACCACGGAUGUUCUAGGACUUGUUAAAGUUGUGGAAUCUCAUGGAAAGGUUGGGACUCCAAAGUUGAUUGAGACAUGGGGAUCUCCUGAUGCGUCGCGAUCCGUGCUUGCAACUUCCUUUGAUGAUCGCCAGUCUAAUCCGCUUCUAGCAGUUGCAAGAAAAAAUGGUGUGCUUGAACUUCUUAAUCCCUUCAAUGGAGAUGCUUUGGCUACAAUUAUGGUUGGUGAACUUGGAUUGGCAAAUCAUUCUGUUGAAGAAGAUCCAGUUGUGGGGUUGCACUUGUUCAAAACAAAGAAGAUUGAGUUAUCCUCCGGGUUAGGUAUACUACUUAUAUGUACAGAAAGAGGAAAGAUAUGCUUGAGGUCAAUUCCAUUGAACGAGGCAUCUCUAGGUGCUUCAGCGAACUGGGGUUUAAGUCCUGCUGGUAAAGUUGUAUGCUCAUCAGUAGAUUCGAAGGAGAAGUAUGCUUUAUUUGGAGGAAAGGGCAUGGAACUUAAUAUGUGGGAUCUCGAGAGCUUUACCAGGAUUUGGACUUCCAAACUUCCUCCUGUCAACAUUCUUGGAAUAUUUUCUCCAACGUGUUUCACUGCUGCUGCCUACCUUAGCAAGGAAGAUCAUCGAAAAAUUGUUGCUGGGACAAACAAUUAUCAGAUCCGUCUUUAUGAUAUUUCUGCACAAAGGAGGCCGGUAAUAUCCAUUGAUUUUCGAGAGUCUCCCAUUAAGGUGGUCAGGGAAGAUCUGAAUGGCUAUACAGUUUAUGUGGGGACUGGUACUGGGGAUCUUGCUUCCUUUGAUAUGCGGACAGGAAAACUGCUAGGUUGUUUUGUAGGUAAAUGUGCUGGUAGUAUCAGAUCCAUAGCUAGGCAUCCAGAGCUACCACUUUUAGCUUCUUGCGGACUGGACAGCUAUUUGCGCAUUUGGGAUUCCAGAACUCGACAACUUUUAUCUGCGGUGUUUCUCAAGCAACAUCUGACAAAUGUGGUGAUUGAUUCACAUUUCUCUAGCGAAGUUCCUUCAGGUGAUGCUAAUGAUCAAAUACAUGUUUUGCGGAUGACGAGCAGUCCGCAGCAGGUUGUUUUAGAACAAAGGAAGAAUCACCAAGAGAGAAGAACCAAAUUGAUAGAAUCAAGAAAAAAGUUGGGGAACAAAAACCAAAUGUUUGUUGAAGCUUUCGAACUUAGCGCAAGUGAUAAUGAAGACAUGGAUAGGCAAACUCACUUGAAGAGAAAAGAAUCAUCCAAGGUGAACAGCAAAAAAUCUGAAGGGAAAGAUGGGCGCAAAAAUUUAAAGAGGAAGAAGAGCAGAAGUUUAAACAAUGAGGACUAAAUAAAAAAGUGUCAACCAAGUGACGCAGCAUGAUAGUUAGCAAUGCAGAUGUGGGGUCAUCAGGCUUAUAAAUUUAAUUUCCUUAAUGGUGUUCCUAGUAUUAGAGUUUCUACUUUCUUGUUUGUUUAUUUUUAUUCAAUUAGCAUUGUGUGCAGAGGGGUUAUGUAUUUUCGGCAACUUAAUCUUAUAGAUGGAAAUUUGAAU